AUGGAGAUCCACAGCGUACCUGUACUAAUAGACGUCCCUGGCGGUCACGUCAAAACAGAAAGUGAUGCGUGCGUCGGGAUGCGACGCGACUCUAUGGGUGCGCGUCAUCGGAUGCACAUGGCAGCCACCAUGAAGGAGGCGUGCGGGGUGCGCCUCGUGUCGACGUCGGGCCAGAGAGCGUCCGGGCACCCAAAGAUGCACGGCGCGAACAAACGCGCGCCCGCUGGGAGUAACGCUGGAGGGCUCGGCUUCUUCGACUGCACCUCCCAGACGCACGUCGUGGAGCCCGAUACGAAGCGGAAGGCGAAAUAG